AUGGGGAAGAGUAAGUCCGGAGACCUCGAGUCCCAGAUCCAUGACCAGAUCCAGAGCCGAUACACGGCCGCUCACGAAUGUGUGUCGGAGGAGGCCCUGGCCCAUCUGAAGACGUACAAGUACCAGAGCGUCGACAAGAGCUUCACCUCGCGCUACAUUCUCAAACACUACUGGAAUGCCUUCGUCGAGCUCCUGCCGCUAUGGCUGGCCCCGAACAUGGUCACCCUGCUGGGCUUCUUCUUCAUUCUCGGCAACGUAGCUCUGCUCGAGCUGUUCGUCCCUGAUCUUGUCGGCCCGGCGCCUACUUGGCUGUACUACAGUUUUGCAUUUGGCCUUUGGAUGUACUCCACCAUGGACAACGUGGACGGCAAGCAGGCCCGGCGCACCGGAACUUCGAGCGGGUUGGGAGAGCUGUUCGACCACGGCAUUGAUUCCCUCAACUGCACCCUUGGCAGUCUGCUCGAGACGGCAGCCAUGGGCUACGGAGCCACCAAGACCGGCGCCUUUACCGCCCUGAUUCCGUGCCUCCCCAUGUUCUUCUCGACCUGGGAAACAUACCACACCCACACACUGUACCUUGGCUAUUUCAAUGGCCCGACAGAGGGCCUUAUUAUCGCCUGCGCCAUGAUGAUCAUGUCGGCGCAUUAUGGACCUGAGAUUUGGUCCACUUCCCUGGUCCGCCAUUUUCCCUCGCUGGAAGGGUACAUCUCCCCCAUGACGACGUUCCGUGAUUUCUGGGUCCCCAUCCUCCUAGGGUCUUUCCUCAUCGCGCAUCUGCCUGCUUGUGUGGUCAACGUUGCCCGCGCACGCCGCGCCGAUGGAAAGCCAGUACUCCCCGUUUUCCAGGAGUGGACGCCUAUGAUUGUCUUUACCGCCGCGACCUGCGCAUGGCUAGGAAGCCCGUACUCGAGCAUCUUGGAAGAUUGGGACGCCAAAGAAAAGACUGGCGGCCACCUUGUCUUGUGGUGCCUGACUAUGAGCCUCGUCUUUGGCCGUAUGACGACGAAAAUCAUUCUCGCGCAUCUCACCCGCCAGCCCUUCCCUUACUGGACCGUCAUGCUUGUUCCGCUCAUUGGCGGUGCGAUUCUUGUCAAUCUCCCGCGCCUGGGCUUGGCAUGGGCACCUGUUACUGCGCAAGUGGAGCUCUGGUAUCUGAGAAGCUACUUUAUCUUUGCCGCCGUCGUCUACACCAACUGGGCCGUCCUGGUCGUGACCAGCAUUUGCAACUUCCUUGGUAUCAAUUGCCUGACAAUCGCGCCCAAGAAGGAGAACGUUGGCGGCAAGACGGCCUCCGUCGGCGCUGAGCCAGAGAGGCGCGUCACUCGUUCCAUGGCCAACGGCGGCACUGGGAGAAAGAGCGAUUAA